UAACUCAGUUUACUGCUGAACCAGACAGACCUUUGGACACAAAAGGAUUAUAUACAUAUCACUCCAACCACUGCCUGGGGAACUAAAGACAUUAAACCUUCUGGAUUAAAAAGACCUAAUUAUCUGGAAAAAUCAGUAAUCCUGGGAUUUUGCAUCAAACCUUAAUCUAAAGACAUUAAACAAAACUGCACACUCCAUCAAAGACCGGAAUACAAGGACAGCACAGCAUGUCUGGGAUUCAAGGAUUUUUCGUGUUUGCUCUUCUUCAAAUUAACAGCGUUUUUAUGACCACCUCUGCUGUCUCUCUCAUUAUUUCUCCCCCGGAAAGCAAGAUCGUUGCCCAGAUUGGGGAACCACUUCAUAUAACUGCUGAGGCCACGGACUGCGAAGGCCCUUCAUUUACCUGGUCUAGUCUUAUGGACAAAACAUUAAGUGGCGCUGUCAGCACUAAUGGAAGCAUCUCCAUCCUUAACAUGAUGGUCAGCAUAGACAGUGAAGGUCAAUACGUGUGUAAAGUCUUCUGUAAGAAUGGAAGGUCAGAGAAAACCUUCAGAAUCAUUCCAUACUCGUUUCCCAGUGACCCUGUGCUGGAGGUGUCCUCUUUGGUGGUUGGCGUGGAGUCUAUUAUCACCUGUGCAGUCCCCUAUGUGUAUCCUGCAGAAAUGAUGACUGUACAAAUUCUGAAGAAUGAAAAGAUGAUUGUGGAUUCGGACUUUCAUACAAUAAUAGAAGAUAAACCCCAAAACAUCAGUGUAUCAUACAGCUGGACCCCCGAAGAAGAAAAUGAGAGCAGUGAAAUACUUUGUGUGGCACAACUGGAAUUUACCAGUGGAGGGAUUGAUCCAAAGACAAGAGACACCAGAAUGAUUCUUAAUCUUAUCUAUCCACCUGGGAAUCUCAAUAUGGUAGUUCACCCAUCAACGAAGGUGAAAUGGAUGGAGACGAUAUCUCUGAGCUGUACGUGUGAUAGUAGAACUCCAGUCAAAACAUGGUGGGUGAAGCAGAGAGGAGGUGAAACUUUGAAGAUUGCAUCUGAUGGGAACAGCAGUCUGGAAAUCAAUCAAGCACAAAUGGAAGACUCUGGCGAAUACAUCUGUUACGCAGAGAAUGCUGCAGGGAAAAAAUCUGCUUCUGUUGAAAUCACAGUACAGACUCUACCAGAUAAACCUACCAUCACCGUCAUACCAGAUACAUCAGUGACUCUGGGACAGACAGUUACAAUUGCAUGCUCUGUGAACAGCGGACCUUCAGCAAACGUUACCCUAUGGUUGGUGACAGAAAAUGAGAAUAAACUCUUAAUGGACAAUGCGGACGUCUUUGAGAUACAGUCAGUACAAAUCCAAGAUGGUGCCACAUACCUUUGCCAGGCAGAGAAUCCUUUUGGAAAGGCAGAGGCAACAAAAACCCUUACUGUGAAAUUCCCACCCACGAACACACAAGUAAUAUUCACACCGUCUGCCGAAGUGAGGGAGGGCGAAUUUGUGCACGUCAUGUGCAAAUCAACUGGUUUUCCCAUCCCUGAGUUGAUCCUAAAGAAGAAGACUGAUGUCGGCCUACAAGAGUUAGAAAUGACUGAUGGAGAAUACUGGAUUGAAAGUGCUACAGCAGAGCAAGCAGGAACCUAUAUUUGUGAAUCAAGGAAUGAUAUUGGAAUUGAAAGUACAGAAGCCAACCUCACUGUACAAGUUCCACCCAAAAACACACAACUAAUCAUCCUACCAUCUUCAUCCGUGAAGGAAGGAGAAUCAAUCAGCAUCUUCUGUAAUUCAACAGCAUUGCCACAACCUGAGAUCAUCCUAAAGAAGAAGGGUCUGGAGUUAGAAAGUAGGAAUGAAGUUAUCCAUAUUAAAAGUGUUCAAGUGGAGGAUGCAGGGACCUAUAUAUGUGAAUCCACGAAUGUUGUUGGAUUUGAAAUCACAGAAACAACACUGAAUGUACAACAUAUGAAAGAAGUUGCUUCUGAAAACAUGACAGUGGUUGUAACACCAUCGGAGAAUGUCUCAGAAGGUGACACCGUCACAAUUACCUGCGAGACCUACAGCAUAUCCUCCUCAACCAUCCUUCUGCAGAAAGUGUGUGUGGAAAAUAGUACUAUCAUGCAGGCACAGAAUGGAACCUUCACCUUGCGUAAUGUCACCCUCAACGACUCUGGGAACUACACUGUCAUCUUACCUAAUGAAGCAGGGAAAAGGACCAAAGUUAUUGAGAUCAAUGUUCUAGAGCGCCAUGAGAGCCCGAAACCUAACUACACCAUCCCAAUUGUAGCGUUAUCCAUGGCUGCAGUGUCAGCAGGUGUCAUAUGUUUAAUCAUUUAUCGCAUGAAACAAGGGAAUUCACAAGGGUCGUACAGCCUCGUGGAAGCUCUUAGAAGUAGAGUGAUAUCUGGAAAAAUCUGGAUUUAUAAAGAACUGAAAUCCUGGGAUUUUGCAUCAAACCUUAAUCUAAAGACUUUAAACAAAACCGGAAUACAAGGAAUGCACACCAUGUCUGGGAUUCAAGGAUUUUCCGUGUUUGCCUUCAUUCAAAUUCUCAGCGUUUUUAUGACCACCUCUGCUAUCUCUAUCGUAAUUUCUCCCCCGGAAAGCAAGAUCGUUGCCCAGACUGGGGAACCACUUCAUAUAACUGCUGAGGCCACGGACUGCGAAGGCCCUUCAUUUACCUGGUCUAGUCUUAUGGACAAAACAUUAAGUGGCACUGUCAGCACUAAUGGAAGCAUCUCCAUCCUUAACAUGAUGGUCAGCAUAGACAGUGAAGGUCAAUACUUGUGUAAAGUCUUCUGUAAGAAUGGAAAGUCAGAGAAAACCUUCAGAAUCAUUCCAUACUCAUUUCCCAGUGACCCUGUGUUGGAGGUGUCCUCUUUGGUGGUUGGCGUUGAGUCCACUAUCACCUGUGCAGUCCCCUAUGUGUAUCCCACAGAAAUGAUGACUGUACAAAUUCUGAAGAAUCAAAAGGUGAUUGCUGAAUCGGACUUACAUACAAUAGUGGAUGACAGACUCCAAACCAAAAACAUCAGUGUAUCACACAGCUGGAUCCCCGAAGAAGAAAACGAGGGCAGUCAAAUACUAUGUGUGGCACAACUGGAAUUUCCCAGUGGAGGGAUUGAUCCAAAGACAAGAGACACCAGAAUGAUUCUUAAUCUUAUCUAUCCACCUGGGAAUCUCAAUAUGGUAGUUCACCCAUCAACGAAGGUGAAAUGGAUGGAGACGAUAUCUCUGAGCUGUACGUGUGAUAGUAGAACUCCAGUCAAAACAUGGUGGGUGAAGCAGAGAGGAGGUGAAACUUUGAAGAUUGCAUCUGAUGGGAACAGCAGUCUGGAAAUCAAUCAAGCACAAAUGGAAGACUCUGGCGAAUACAUCUGUUACGCAGAGAAUUCUGCAGGGAAAAAAUCUGCUUCUGUUGAAAUCACAGUACAGACUCUCCCAGAUAAACCUACAAUCACCAUCAAACCAGAUACAUCAGUGACUCUGGGACAGACAGUUACAAUUGCAUGCUCUGUGAACAGCGGAACUUCAGCAAAUGUUACCCUAUGGUUGGUGACAGAAAAUGAGAAUAAACUCUUAAUGGACAAUAAGGAUGUGUUUGAGAUACAGUCAGUACAAAUCCAAGAUGGUGCCACAUACCUUUGCCAAGCAGAGAAUCCUUUUGGAAAGGCAGAAGCAACAAAAGCCCUUACUGUGAAAUUUCCACCCACUAACACACAAGUAAUAUUCACACCGUCUGCAGAAGUGAGCGAGGGCGAAUUCGUCCACGUUAUAUGCAAAUCAACUGGUUUUCCCAUCCCUGAGUUGAUCCUUAAGAAAAAGACUGAUGUUGACUUACAGGUGUUACAAAUGGCUGAUGGAGAAUACUGGAUUGAAAGUGCUACAGCAGAGCAUGCAGGAACCUAUAUUUGUGAAUCAAGGAAUGAUAUUGGAAUUGAAAGUACAGAAGACACACUCACUGUACAAGUUUCACCCCAAAACACACAACUAAUCAUCCUGCCAUCAUCAUCGGUGAAGGAAGGAGAAUCAAUCAGCAUCUUCUGCAAUUCAACAGCAUUUCCACCACCUGAGAUCAUCCUAAAGAAGAAGACUGAUGUCGGCCUACAUGAGUUACAAAUUGCUCAAGGAGAACACUGGAUUCAAAGUGCUACAGCAGAGCAUGCAGGAACCUAUAUAUGUGAAUCAAGGAAUCAUAUUGGAAUUGAAAGUACAGAAGACACACUGAUUGUACAAGUUCCACCCAAAAACACACAACUAAUCAUCCUGCCAUCUGCAUCAGUGAAGGAAGGAGAAUCAAUCAGUAUCUUCUGCAAUUCAACAGCAUUUCCACAACCUGAGAUCAUCCUAAAGAAGAAGACUGAUGUUGACCUACAUGAAUUACAAAUUGCUGAAGGAGAACACUGGAUUCAAAGCGCUACAGCAGAGCAUGCAGGAACCUAUAUUUGCGAGUCAAGGAAUGAUAUUGGAAGUGAAAGUACAGAAGCCACCCUCACUGUUCAAGUUCCACCCAAAAACACAAAACUAAUCAUCCUGCCAUCAUCAUCGGUGAAGGAAGGAGAACCAAUCAGCAUCUUCUGCAAAUCAACAGCAUUUCCACAACCUGCAAUUAUCCUAAAGAAGAAGGGUCUGGAGUUAGAAAGUCAUAAUGAAGUUAUCCAUAUUAAAAGUGUUAAACUGGAGGAUGCAGGGACCUAUAUAUGUGAAUCCAUGAAUGUUGUGGGAUUUGAAAUCACAGAAACAACUCUGAAUGUACAACAUAUGAAAGAAGUUGCUUCUGAAAACACAACAGUGGUUGUAACACCAUCGGAGAAUGUCACAGAAGGUGACACCGUCACAAUUACCUGCGAGACCUACAGCAUACCCUCCCCAACCAUCCUUCUGCAGAAAGUGUGUGUGGAAAAUAGUACUAUCAUGCAGGCACAGAAUGGAACCUUCACCUUGCGUAAUGUGACCCUCAAAGAUACUGGGAUGUACACAGUCAGCAUAAUUAAUGAAGCAGGGAGAAGGACCAAAGUUAUUGAGAUCAAUGUUCUAGAGCGUCACGAAAGCCCGAAACCUAGCUACAUGGUCCCAAUUAUAGGGUUAUCCGUGGCUGCAGUGUCAGCAUGUGUCAUAUGUUUAAUCAUUUAUCACAUGAAACAAGCGAAGUUACAAGGGUCGUACAGCCUCGUGGAAGCUCUCAGAAGUAAAGUGUAACCAGAGUGACUGACUUUAGAAAUUCUUUGGAAAUACAUUUUGCACAGACAUAAAACUAUCACGUGUUUUCACAAAUAACAAAAUAUUAGAAAACUCCUAUAUCUACUGCAGUACAAUGUGAAAUGGCUGGCGUGGAAGAUCCAGGGGUAAACUUUUACAAAUGUCUCUGGUUGUCAUGUCAUGAAUCUCGGACACUCAUAAGGCCACAUAAGCAUCUACUUAUGUGAACACCUGAGUCAUAAGAAGAACAAGAGAAAGAAGGACAAACCAUGUCAUUGACCUCUUAAGAACAGUUUUUGCACUUACUCAUAGGAAUCUACUUUAUAAAUAAUGUUGUGAUUGUAUGUUUGUUUUUAGUGUUUAGAAGCUGCUGUUAUUUAUUUUUUUACUUCUUCACUGUCAUUUGUUGUUUCUUUUGAGUAAAUUUAUCUAGUCUUUUGAAUGUAAUGGACGUUUUGUGUGUUUAUAUCACUUGUGUGUUAAAUUGUAAUUCUUAUUCUGCCCCUCGUAGUUGUUAGCCUUUGCCAGUCAUUUGUUGAUAAUUGAUGUAGAAAUUGAAAUGUAUAGAAACCUAAAUCACAAAACAUGAAAUGGUAUCAGAAUGGAAGCAAAAACUAAAUUACAAGUGGAAUCAUUACAUUGGGCAUUAAGUUGCUUUUCCAGAACCAGGGUGCUGUCAGGGCCACCCGAUGGACAUGGAUUUUAAGGGCC